AUGACAGGCCUACUAAAAAGGUCAGCAACAAUCAAUGAAGCCACACGGACACGUCGUCACAAGUUCGCGUUGAAAUAUGAUUUGAAUAAUAAUACAGAGCAAAAAGAGUUGGAAGCUCAAGAAUGUCCAUCUGGUGCUGGAAUGAGCGAAACGUUUGUGUGGGAUUGGCCAUUUAGUAGUGAUGGCACCGCGCCAGGAGCAUACACGCCAGAGAAGUUCCUCGUUUGUCUGCCAUUCAACAAAGGAGGCACCGGAGAGAAGAAUGGAACGACAAAGAAGUUCGAGCGAAUCGCCGAAUCGGAUUUCUCAUGGAGCAUGGGAUUAUCUCGUGACGCUGAACUCGGAUCCACGUGCUUUUGGCGACUGGAAAUUGAGAUUAUUCGGAAUAUGAAUGCUAUUGUGUUGAUUGCGUCGAGAGACAUCAGCCGUUACUAUGAAAACACGAAACGCCUGAAGCGUGUCCGUAAAAUGUAUCGUCUUCCUGAAUUCUAUGACGUCACUACAGUAACCACAACCAUGUAUGAUUGGGCAGUUGUCGUGGAGGCCCAGAAGAAAUCAAUCAAUAGACCAACAAUGCGUCGUGCCUCUACAUUCCAAUAA